CCGAUUGGCGACAAAUGACAAUAUCGUGUACAAUCGUGUAGAACGUAGAGAGAAAUAUUUUUUUCCUGAUUAAGUCUGAUAAUUAUUUGGUUACAAUACUUUAAUUAAUAAAAAAACAACUUUAACAAAGUUUUUAUUUAAAAAAAAAUUUGACAUUAACUUGAGUUAUUUCAAUAGAUGGAAGACUGAUAAGUAAAAAUAUAUUUUCACAAUGGACGAAAAAUGCAGUAUUUUUUGUUGCAAUGGAAAAGUCAAUUCCAAUGAUUUUGAACUCAGCAAAACUAGUAUAUUGAUAAUAAAUGAAUUAGAAAGACUUACAAAUCAUAAUGUGAAUUAUCAACUGGAUAAAAAACAAGUGACAUUAUUUGGUUAUAAUUAUCCAGCAUCAACUGCAAUAUUACAGUUGAAACAUUUAAAUAACUGUCUCAAAAUGCAAUUGAAAAUUUUAAAUAGAUACAUCAACAAUGACAACAACAAUGUAUUAACACAAAAUCAAUCGAAUACUGAUUUUUUAAAAUUAAGAAAAUCAAUUGGUGAUUUUAUAGAUUACACAGGAACAUAUUUUUUAAGUAUCAUUGAAGAAAUGCCAACAAUGCAAAAUCCAUUAAUUUUACGUGUAAAUGGAGAAAUUGAAGAUAUGCUAAAUGAAUUGAGUAGAUUUCUUUCACAAUUAAAAUACAUUCCAUCAUCAACAUUUCAUUAUAUUGUUGCAAAUAUUGGUAAUAAUUGUAAUCAGCCAGAAUUUCAUCUUUAUCAUACACAUCUUGAGCUUCGUUGGCAUAUUUUAAUAUUAUUUUAUUCAAGAAUUGUUUUAUUGCAAGAAAAUGAUCAACUUGAUAAAACAAUUAAUCUCAUUAUUGAUGAUCUUAUUUAUAUAUCAACAAAAAUAUUUGAACGAAUUAAUUUGACUGAUUUAAAACAAAAAAAUCCAUACAGUUGUACUUGUGUUAGAGACAUGUGGUUAAUAUUACAAUUAUUUAUUAAUAUUAUUUAUGAUAAAUACAAAGGUAAAAAAUUUUGGGAUUAUGUUAAUACAUCACUUGAUGGAAUAUUAAUUUCUAAACAUAAUAAUGAUGUUAAAAAUAAAAAAUUAACAUGGCACAGUGAAGAUAAAAUAAAUUAUCCAGAAAUGAAAAAUCCAGAAUUAUUUUGUAUAUGGAUGAUUUAUCAUUUAACUUUACUCUAUGGUUAUAGUAAUGAUGGUACAUAUAUUGGUAUUAAUUGCAAUAGAAUAACAUCAAAUUAUGAUGAAAUUGAUAAAAUAUUAAAAUCAUUUUUAAAUAACGGAGGUAAAGAUGGUGAUAGAGAUGAAAUUGAUGAAGAAUUAAAAAUAAUGAUACCAAUAUUAAAAGAAAUGAAUGAUUGGUGGCCAUCUAGAAUAACAAUAAUAGCAUUAAUAUGGGAUUGUUUUCAUCGACGUCUUGAUCAAACAUUUUUAAUUCAAACAUCAGGACCAUGGUCUAUAUCACUUGAAAAAAAAACACCAUUUGAUAUAAUUAAACAAAUAAAAAUGAGAAUUGAAAAUAAUUAUGAUAGCAGUAAAGAAUCAAGUUAUGGUUUAUUCCUACGAUAUCUUGGUACAUUAUUAAAAAAAAGUUGGGAUAAAAAAGACAUGAGAAUUUGGACACAAUUAGAAGGAAGAAUAUUAACAAAAUUUCAGAAAAAAAAAUUAGAAAUAAGUUCUGAAUCAAAAAUAUUCAAUUUUAUAUCAUUAUUUUUAACACUUGCUGUUACAACUGAUACAAAAAGAAUUUGUACAGCUAUGUUAAAUUUAGUUCCAUCUGUUGUUGAUGAAACAAGUCUAGAAAAUCCAAGACGUUCAUUACUUAAUUUUAAAUCACAGUUAGCAUGUCUAAUACUUUAUGCAGAUAAACGUAUAAAUCUUCAAGAUAUUGCUGAACAAAUAUUAAAAACAAUUGAUAUUAUUUGUUGUAAAGAAGAUGAUUUAUCAAGAACAAUGAUGUCAUCAUUUUUAGAUACAUUGGUAUAUGUAUUGUCAUCAAAUGAAAUACUUGAUAAUGGUGAAAAUUAUUUAUUUGGUAGUUGGGUUCAUCGUUAUCUUGAUAAUUGUCCAAAAAGUAAAGUUGGUAUUAUUUUAAAAAUGUUAAUCAAUAUAUUUCCACGUGCAAAUGAUCAAAUACUUGAUUGUUUAUGGUAUGCUGCACGUAGAACACGUACAUUAGUUUUUGAUGUUGAAUUAUCAAGUGAAUAUUAUAAUGACAUUGCUCAACUUGCUGCAUUAUUUACAUUUUGUGCUAUUAAAAAACCUUCAAUGGCAUCAAAAUAUCAACACAAUUCUCAAACACUAUUUGAACAUUUCACAUCAAUAAUAAAAGUUAAAGAUAUACGUGUUACACUUCAUUAUUUAUCAAUAAUACUAGUUAAAAAUGAUACUGUUGAAUUAUUAAAAAAUGUUGUUAAAAAUUUUGAUUUAAUAUUAAUACAAGCAUGGAUAAAAGCUUGUAUAUUUAAUCAUGAUUCAGACAAAGAUGAAAUAUUAACUCUUAAAAAUAAUGUUAUUAAUUUACCAGAAAUUAAACAAUUGUUUCCAUCAUGGAAAGAUGCUAGAGUUUUUACUGCUGAAGAUGGUUCUUUUUUUCGUUUUAUCAUUGCAAUAUCAACAAAAAGAAAAACCAUAACUCAAAAAGAAUACAAUGUAUUUGAUAGAAGAAUACGUAUGAUAUUUAAAGAUCUUGAAAAAUGGAUAUUAACUCCAAUCAAUGAAAAUAAUAUAAAUUCUGAAUUAGCUAUUCACAUACACAACUGUUUGGGGUCAAUAUUUUUUUUUUGUAGUGCUAUGUUACAUGAAAAGAAUUCAAAUGUAGGACCAUUAAUUAAUUUGAUAAAAACAACUUUAUUACUAUCUGAAGAACAAUCGUAUUUAAAAAUACAUUCAAAAAAAAUUUUUUCCAAAGCAAUACUUGGACUUGGAACAGCUGGUGUUCAAAGUGAUAUAAAUCUUCAUAAAAUUUUUGUUAAUCUUUUUGAUAAAUAUUUACCAUUAAUUGUUAUUCCAAUUGAUAAUGGUAAAUUUAAAAAUACUGAGCCAAUAACUCGUAUAUUUAUGGAUAGUAAUAUGGAAUUUUGUAAUUUUUUAAUUAUUAAAUUAACAUUAUCAUUUAUAACAGCAUAUAAUGGAAAUACAACACAUCAACAUUGUCAUCUUGUUAUGGCUGUUUAUGAAAAUUUUCUGAAAACAUCAAAUUGUCCAAAAUGGCUUGUUGAAUCAAUUAUCACACAUUCAAUGACAAAAAUAAUUGAAAUUUAUUUUAAAGUUCACGAUAUGCAUCCACACAAAAAACAAGCUGAAAAUUUUUUAAAGGCAAUGUUUAAAAAUUCAAAUUAUACAACAAAUGAUAUAUUGAAAAAAAAAGUUAAUGAUAAAAUAGCAACAAUACUAAGUAAUUACUUAUCUUAUAAACCACAAAUAUCAUUUGAUUUAUUACGUUUAUUAAUUAACAUUGAUGUGGCAACUGUCAAUUAUAUUAUACCAAUUUUUAAUACUGAAAUUAUAAAAAUGCACAAUGAAAAACGUCCAAAUGCACAAUUAUUAUCUUCAACACUGGAUCGUAUUCGAGAUGAUGUAAAAAAUAUUAAAUCAUAAUUUCACUCAAGACAAUAAAAAAAAAAAAGGCUUUAUUUAUUCAAAUCAAUUUAAUGAAUCUGUG